GCAAAGAUGAAUGCAAAACACAUGUGGAUUUGCCUUUUCCUCGUAUUUUACAGCGCGCAGAGUCCGUGCACAGCCUGCACCUGGAUCACGAGUCAGUACAGAAUACUGAGCAGAGAGUGUCUGUCACAGCUGCAGAAAAUGGGAGGAGAGUUUUCUCAAGUUUAUAAACCGUUUCCAACGUCAUUAUACACAAGAAUUAUAACGGCCAAGACUGAAAACCAGGUGAGGUUUCUGGCUGAAGUCACAGAGCAGAUCACCGAACUCUUCAAUGUUAAUUUAGACUCCGCAAAAUGGGACAGCGGCGCACUGGACAAUUUCUUAAACAUCCUCAAUACACGCAUGCUGAAUGAGCUCAAAAACUGCGCUGCAUCCUACCGAGAGACAAAAGAACAGCGACACACCAACAUGACACUUAAGAAACAUUUCAGAAAGUUAAAGAGGAUUCUGAAGAAAGCAAACUACAGCGCUGAUUCUUGGGAGCAAAUCAGGAGAUUAGUGCGGAACCACCUUACGCGGAUGGAUAUUAUCGCUUCCAACUUGAAGUCGGCGCUGACGGGCUGA